AUGUCCCGCCGCAAGCAGGUGAACCCGCAGCACUUGUCGUUGACGCACAGGGAGACAAUAGGCCUACAAGCAGAGGCCAAUCAUGAUUCAGGUGCGGGAUCUCCAUCUCCAGAGCCCUCCACCCCCAGCCCUCGGAGGACAGGACCCGGGGAGCAUGAUCUGCUGACCUGCGGCCAGUGCCAGACCAACUUUCCUCUGGGUGAUAUCCUGGUUUUCAUAGAGCACAAGCGUCGUCUGUGCCGGGGGCCUGCAAAUGGAAGAGGCUCCUUCUCCAAGCCCGGCGAGCCUGGUGGGGCACCAGGUCUUGUCUUUUCUCCCAGGGCCAGGUCUCUGGAGCUGGGGAGAGGGCCCAUUCCGGUGGAAGUGGGCAUCCAGGUGACCCCUGGAGGAGAGGACGAUGUGCACAGGAGGCUGACGCCGGCCAAGGGGAUCUGCCCCAAACAGGAGAGAGGAGAUAAAGAUGAGCCAUCCAGCUACAUCUGCACCAGCUGUAAGCAGACCUUCACCAGCGCCUGGUUCCUGCUUCAGCACGCCCAGCACAUUCAUGGUAUCCGCAUCUACCUGGACAACCACCUGACUAACUGCUCCCUCACUCCCCGCAUGGCUCUGCCUCCACCCCCAAGUGCUGAUGCCCUUCCUCGCUCCCCUCUUCCCACUUUCCUCGGUGACGCCAACAACCCAUUCCACCUCCUCCGCAUGGCUGCGCCCCUGCUCAGGGAACAUCCCCCUCCCCCGGGGUUUAUGGAGACCCGGUUGCCUGCAACGCCACCCUUUGUCAGCCCUCCGCCUCCUCCUCGACCCCCUCUAGAGCGCCUGGGCCCAGAGGAGAUGGGGCUGCUGUCCCAGCACCCCAGUGCCUUUGAGAGGGUGAUGCGGAUGACCCCCAUGGAGCCUCCUUCCAUGGACUUUUCUCGACGUCUGAGGGAAUUGGCCGGCAACACGACCAAUAAUGGGGGACCCACUCCUCCUCUUUCACCAAACCGCGUGCCACCCAUGCACCGCCUGCUAAGUCCCACACUUUUCCAGCCUGGCUCCAAGCCCCCAGCCUUUCUCACAUAUGCCCCACAGCCACCCACCUCACAGGGGGCACAUGGUUCCUCUAGCCCUCCUGAAUCCCAGGGUCAGAAUCAGGCCCCAGGGAAAUCCAAAUCUUGUGAGUUCUGUGGCAAGAUAUUCAAGUUUCAGAGCAACCUGAUUGUCCACAGGCGCAGUCACACAGGAGAGAGGCCGUACAAGUGUCAUCUAUGUGAUCAUGCUUGUUCCCAAGCAAGCAAGCUUAAAAGGCACAUGAAGACACAUAUGCACAACAAGUCUGGGUCCAUGGGUGGCUCCCCAGAACAGGGAAACAGAGGAGAAGGAGGAGAGGGUGAAGACAAGAAUAGGGAAGGAGAUUCAAGAGGUAUGGGGAUGGACAAUGAGGAGGAGGAGGAGGAAGAGGAGGAAGAGGAAGAGGAGGAAGAAGAGGAGGAGGAGGAGUUGAGGAAUGGAAGUCGGCCAGAUUCCAACAUCAGUGACGACUCCCAGGAGUUCAGCCAGAAUAGGGAGAAUGGCCCCAGACAGUCUCCUGAGGAGAAGCCCCUGAGUGGGAAUAGAGUAAAUGACAGUGGCGGGGUGAGCAUCAUGCACCCAUACAACCAUCUGGACAAUCACCUUAGACUUAACCCUAACAAGAGAAGCCUGGAGAGACAACCUAACGGAGAGGGUGGAGAGAGGGAUGAAGCAGAAAGAGAGAAUGACAGGCAACAGGAGAGACAGCGGGAGGAGCAGGAGGACCAGAGGCCCAUGUUGAAUGGCAGGAUCAGCGUAUCUGAAGCAGAAUCCUUUCCUGGGCUGUUCCAACGUCGGCCCACCCCCAUCACUAGCCCGAGCCCCUCCAACAACAAGAGGAUCAAGAUAGAGAAGGAACAGCUGGAACUUCCACCAACCAUACCCCUUAUCUCCCCGGAGAACGUCUACUCUCAGCUCCUGGCUGGCUACGCUGCUUCACGCCACUUCAUCAGAGAACCCUUCCUAGGAUUCACUGAUUCCCGCCAGUCCCCCUUCGCUACCUCCUCUGAGCACUCCUCCUCUGAGACGGGUAGCCUCAGAUUCUCGACUCCGCCUGGGGAGAUGAUAGAAGGAGGGAGUGCAUCAGGCCGCAGUGGCAGCAGCACCCCUCACCUCCUGCGGGGGCCGGGACCUGGCCGGCCCCCAAGCUCCAAGGACAGGAGGAAUGACACCUGUGAAUACUGUGGCAAGGUGUUCAAGAACUGCAGCAACCUGACGGUGCACCGACGUAGCCACACGGGGGAACGGCCCUACAAGUGUGACCUGUGCAGCUAUGCCUGCGCCCAGAGCUCCAAGCUGACACGCCACAUGAAGACCCACGGGCAGUUUGGGAAGGAGGUGUACCGCUGCGACAUCUGCCACAUGCCCUUCAGUGUCUACAGCACGCUGGAGAAACACAUGAAGAAGUGGCAUGGUGAACAUUUGAUGGCCAGUGAGGUCAAACUGGAGCACACAGAGGACAGAGGUUAA